UUCUGCCUUCAAAGGUUGGCUUGCCACCUGAAGCAGCCACUGCCCAGGGGGUGCAAAGAAGAGACAGCAGCGCCCAGCUUGGAGGUGCUAACUCCAGAGGCCAGCAUCAGCAACUGGGCACGGAAAGGAGCUCCCUGGGCAGGGACCAUGGCACGGCCACAUCCCUGGUGGCUGUGCGUUCUGGGGACCCUGGUGGGGCUCUCAGCUACUCCAGCCCCCAAGAGCUGCCCAGAGAGGCACUACUGGGCUCAGGGAAAGCUGUGCUGCCAGAUGUGUGAGCCAGGAACAUUCCUCGUGAAGGACUGUGACCAGCACAGAAAGGCUGCUCAGUGUGAUCCUUGCAUACCGGGGGUCUCCUUCUCUCCCGACCACCACACCCGGCCCCACUGUGAGAGCUGUCGGCACUGUAACUCUGGUCUUCUCGUUCGCAACUGCACCAUCACUGCCAAUGCUGAGUGUGCCUGUCGCAAUGGCUGGCAGUGCAGGGACAAGGAGUGCACCGAGUGUGAUCCUCUUCCAAACCCUUCACUGACCGCUCGGUCGUCUCAGGCCCUGAGCCCACACCCUCAGCCCACCCACUUACCUUAUGUCAGUGAGAUGCUGGAGGCCAGGACAGCUGGGCACAUGCAGACUCUGGCUGACUUCAGGCAGCUGCCUGCCCGGACUCUCUCUACCCACUGGCCACCCCAAAGAUCCCUGUGCAGCUCCGAUUUUAUUCGCAUCCUUGUGAUCUUCUCUGGAAUGUUCCUUGUUUUCACCCUGGCCGGGGCCCUGUUCCUCCAUCAACGAAGGAAAUAUAGAUCAAGUAAGAGACAGAACACAGGUCUCCGGUCCUGCCCUUGCACCACACCCCACUGGCUCAACUCCACUGCCCACGCCUGGAAUCUCACUGAAACCCACCAGCUCCACUUCACCAGCCUUGGUCCUACCCCUUCUCUCCCCUUAGCUGGCGUGCUCCUGACACCCCUCCCCCAAGGGCACCCGCCUCUACCCAUCUCCUUCUCCCGUCUCCCCCUGCCCCCACUGCUGGCCAAGACUCAUCGGAUCUCCUUCUGCAGACAAAGGAGAAAGUCCUGUGGAGCCUGCAGAGCCUUGUCGUUACAGCUGCCCCAGGGAGGAGGAGGGCAGCACCAUCCCCAUCCAGGAGGAUUACCGAAAACCGGAGCCUGCCUGCUCCCCCUGAGCCAGCACCUGCGGGAGCUGCACUACAGCCCUGGCCUCCACCCCCACCCCGCCGACCAUCCAAGGGAGAGUGAGACCUGGCAGCCACAACUGCAGUCCCAUCCUCUUGUCAGGGCCCUUUCCUGUGUACACGUGACAGAGUGCCUUUUCGAGACUGGCAGGGACGAGGACAAAUAUGGAUGA